AUGCUUCAGCUCAUAGAUCCCGAUGAUCUUCCAUGCGCUCAGGAGUGUUCAGAAGCCUUAACAGAUACCAUCGAUAAAUGGGAAAACGAAGUCGCCGAACUGCCUCGUGGCUGGGAAAAUUCAUCGAAAGCUCCAAAUCCUGAAGCUGGAAAUUCAUACAACCAAGCUUUGGGUGUUAAUCCAGGGUCAAGUGUUAAUCCAGUUACAGAUAAAAAACGAGUUUCAGAUGAAGAACAACGGGAGGCAUCUGGCACCAAAAAACUAACUGACAUGAUAAGAGUCGGGGACAGAUUUUAUACAAAGUCGAUUCUGUCUGCUGAGAAAAUUAAAGAACUCGAAUUGGAAGCUAAAAUUGAACGAGCUAAGAUCAUAAUAGGUUCAGGUCAAUCAGUGAAAAAGGAAAUGAAUUCAUGUAAUAUAACUUCAAAAAUUAAUUCUACUGGACACGAAAACUCCAAACGUUCAUUUGGCCGCGGGCCUCUGGCUAAGAAGCGAAAAAAGAAAAAACGUUCAUUCUUCCGGGCACUUUUGGCUAAGGAGCCAGAGAAAGACAAACGUUCAUCUGGCCGCAGACCUGUGAGUAAGGAGCUAGAAAAAGACAAACGUUCAUCUGGCCGCGGACCUGUGAGUAAGGAGCUUGAAAAGGACAAACGUUCAUCUGGCCGCGGACCUGUGACUAAGGAUCUAGAAAAGGACAAAUGUUCAUCUGGCCGCGGACCUGUGACUAAGGAUCUAGAAAAAGACAAACGUUCAUCUGGCCGCGGACCUGUGAGUAAGGAGCUUGAAAAGGACAAACGUUCAUCUGGCCACGGACCUGUGAGUAAGGAGCUUGAAAAGGACAAACGUUCAUCUGGCCGCGGACCUGUGAGUAAGGAGCUAGAAAAAGACAAACGUUCAUCUGGCCGCAGACUUGUGAGACAAACCUUCUUCAGGCCAAGCGUUGAAAAGGACAAACGUUCAUCUGGCCGCGGACCUGUGACUAAGGAGCUAGAAAAGGACAAACGUUCAUCUGGCCGUGGACCUGUGAGUAAGGAGCUAGAAAAGGACAAACGUUCAUCAGACCGCGGGUCCGAGAGUAAGGAGCUAGAAAAGGACAAACGUUCAUCUGGCCGCGGGCCCGAGAGUAAGGAGCUAGAAAAGAGCAAACAAUCGUCUGUCCGAGGACCUGUGACUAAGGACAAACCUUCUUCAGGCCAAGCGUUUGCGGCAAAGGAACCAGAAAAGGAUAAGCGUUCAUUGAAUAGAAUUUCGGCUAAUUUUGAUCCGGUCAAGAAGAAUCCGCCUUCAGGCCGAGUGGUACCAGUUGCGGAGCGACUGGAGGAUCGUCCAAGUAUAAGAGAGUUAAAAAUUAUGCGUUCAGUAGCGCGAGAAAGCACAUCGCCUUCACUUGAUAUCAACGCUUUGUCAGUGACUGCGUCGCGGUCCAGAACUCCAGAACGCUCUAGGGAUCGUUCAUCCGGUCGUGGCAGUGCCACCGUUUCUUCCAAGCGUUCUCACUUGUCUCACGCACAAUGCUCCGGGUCUGUGUAUACAAGACUUGACCGAGAAUUCCCGGAAAAUUUAAUCGAUUCCGACUCAAAAAUAUGCAGGAAAAUUUACCAUUCUGAAAUGUCUUCAACAGUAGCAAAUGAUAGUAAUCGUACUUCAAGAAGUCCACUCUUGAAAGCUCGGAGGGAUUUAAAUGACUUGAAGCACUCUAGUUCACUUAACCGCAGUGAACCGGAUGCACACAAGAUGAGGGAUCCAUAUUCGGCAUCAUCCCAUAGUCAAGACAAUGCGUCUCCAUAUCGUCCUUCAUGGGGCCGAAGUAGAAGUAAAUCUCCUAAACAUCCUUUGUGGGAGCGAAAUAAAAGUCCAUCUCGGAAGCAUCCUUCGUCGAUGCGAAUUAGAAGUCCUCAUCCAAAGAGUCCUUCGUGGGACCUAAAUGGAAGUCCAUCACCACAUCAUCCUUUGUGGGGACGAAGUAGAAGUCCAUCUCCUAGAAAUCCUUGGUUGGAGCGAAGUACGAGUCCAUAUCCAAAGAAUCCUCCGUGGGGGCGAAGUAGAAGUCCCACUCCAAAGCGUCCUUUGCGGAGACGAAGUAGAAGUCCCACUCCAAAGCGUCCUUCGUGGGGGCGAAGUAGAAGUCCAUCUACAAGACGUCCUCCUUGGGCGCGAAGUGGUAGUUCAUCUCCUAAGCAUCCUUCGUGGGGGCGAAGUAGGAAUUCAUCUCCAAAGGGUCCUUCAUGGGAACGAAGUAGAAGUCCAUCUCCAAAACGAUCGAGCAGGAAAAGCCUACAAACCUCUACCAACGCAGGUACAGACAUCGCUUCUCGCUUAGAGCCAUUGACUGAACAUAAUGCAAAACUUCGAAUUGGCUCACCUAAAGUUUGGGAUGAUCCUACUUCUCAGUCAUCGAGUGCCUCAACUUGCAAAGGGACCGACUUUGAUAUAAGUAAUGAAAAAGCUUUUCCUUCUGGCUCCCGUGUGAUCGACCUCACAUCGACUUCGGAUGUACUCAAGGUUAUCCAAAAUUUAUCUAGGCAAAGAUUAGCUUUGCAGGAGGCGUCUUCAGAACUUUCACCGCCUUCAACCAAGAAAAACGUUUAUGCUUCACGCGAUACUUCCUUCAUUAUCAAGUCAAACUCCGAUCCGUCCACUGAAGGAAUAUUCGAACAUUCUAAUUGCAAAACAAAUGCAUAUUCAUUACCUACCGAAAACUCGACUGUUGUGUCUCGAACAAGCGCGCCGGCUUCUUGUAUUGAAAAUGAAAUAAUUCAAAAUUCAGUAGAGCUCUCGAACAGGAAUCUGGAGCAGCGACUUGGUCCAAUGAUUGAUUUAAAUCAGCAAGAUGAGCCCGCAAUAGGAGUUGAGGUCCCGGAGAGUAGUGGCGCAGUGGGUUCUAAUUAUGAAGUAAUGGAUAGUCAAAGUAUGAUGUGUUCCAAUCAAGUCACAAUGGUCCCAGACCAAGGAUUCAUGGGUCCAGAUCAAUGGCCGUUGAAUGAAGAACAGGUGUCGAUGGGUCUGAACCAAGGUCCGAUGGAUCCAAACCAAUGGACAAUGGGUGAAAACCAGGAUCUAAUGGAUCCCGGCCUUUGGCCCAUGGGUCCAAACGAAGAGGUGAUGAAUCCAGACCGCGAACCGACGGAUUUCCAUCAAAUACCCACCAUAGGGACUCCGUUUGUUCAACAGCGUUUGAAUAAACCUAUCUGGGCUAGGCAUAAACAGAAGAGAGAAACACCUAAUAAUGUACAAGUGAAAAUAUGCAAGGAUUUGAAGCCAAUUUUGGGCGAUCUCAAAUUGUCGAAAGGACCGCUUAAAAGUCCGUUAACGGGCGAUAAGAAGGGAAAAAUGUCUACGAAAGCUAAUAAAAAUGAAACUCCGUUGACGGAGAUGCAAAAAAUUAGCAGUGCCAGCAAAAAUCAAAAUGCUUCCAACACUAUAUCGUCCAAAGUUGACCCAGUUUCACGUGUCGAUCCAGUUUCAAAAGAAAAACAAAAAGAAGAAUCUGGUACCAAAAAAACGAGCGGCAUGAUCAGAGUCGGUAACAGAUUCUAUUCAAGGUCGAUACUCUCUGCUGAGAGAAUUAAAGAACUCGAAUUAGAGGCCAAACUAGAAAUUGAACGAGGCAAGAUCAGGCUUGGUUCAGCUCAGUCGGUAAAAAAAGGAAUGAAUUCACCAAAAAUAAAUUCUACAGAACAUGAAAAGGACCAGCAUUCUUCUAGCCUCAAUGAAGACUCUACUUGUAACUCCGCGGGUGCAAGCUCUGCAUUGGAGGGAGUGAAACGAGUGCCCGAUGCUACCGAUAACUCCUCGAAAAAAGCCUUGAGCACUUCGCUCGUGACUAACCUCAAUUUCUAUCAAUCGACAGAUAAUAUAACUCAACUGCCCAUACGCGGUGUCAAUCAAUUAACUCAACUAAACAUCAAUCAACCGUCGUCUUUUAGCAUCAAUCAACAGCGUCAUCCAAACAUCAAUCAACCGCCCCCUCUAAAUAUGAAUCAACCUCCUCCCUCUCUCAUGACUAACCUACCUGCUGCUAUGAAUUGUCCAUUGCUCAACACAAGUCACCCGCCACCUCUGAUCAAUGAAGCGCCUCCUAACAUCUAUUACCCGCCCCCUGCAGCAGCAUCUCAUCACGGUCAGAAUUUCUCUGCGUCCAGCCGUCCAGACGCCAACGAAUUCCAGUUGCUAGCGUCAAGCCUUGCCGGCGGUCGAACGUCCAUUGUGAAUGCUGCCACCCAUUCUCCGUGUGAGGGAUUCGUGCCAUGGCAAGCUGUGAUGCCAUCACAUUUAAUACCACCAACUGCGAUGCCACUGUCUGUGAGGCCUCCGUCUGUGAUUCCUCUGCCUGUUAUGCCUCCGUCUGUGAUGCCUCCGUCUGUGAUUACACCGUCUGGUGUGACAUCGACUGUAAUUCCGCUUACUGGAAUACCGCCGUCUACGAUGCCGUCGACUGUGAUACCGCUGACUGGUAUGCAGCCAUAUGUGAGACCGCCGAAAGCGAUGCCAUCGACUGUAAUUCCUUUGACUGGAAUACCGCCAUCUGACAAUCAGUCGUCUGCGCUUCCGCCGUCUGCGCUCCUGCCGUCUGCACUCCCGCCGUCUGCGCUCCCGUCAUCUGCGCUCCCGUCGUCUGCGCUCCCGCCGUCUGCGGUGAAGUCGAGUGUAAUUCCGCUGACAGCAAAACCGUCGUCAACUAAGCCACAGCAUGUGAUGCCGUCGUAUGUGACAUCUCCAUCGUCGGUGAUGUCACCGUCUCUAAUGCCUUCAAGUGUAACUCCUUUGCCUGGGAAGCCUUCGUCUGUGAAGUCACCGUUUGCGACUCCAGAUGUGUCCCCUGAUGAACCCACCAUGCCGGAGCGCGAGCUGCAUGGCUCACUAGGACCCAACGCCCGAUUGGAUGCUACCUCUCCCGCUGUGACAGCUACUUCGAAUAUUGACCACAAAGACCGACAGUUUGUGAGCGACGAAGAGCUGCGGGAAUGGCUCGAAAUUGAAGAUGAGCACAGAGUUUAUCUGGAAAUACCGGAAAUGCAUCCUGACUUUGAAGACCACUAUGAGGCUUUCGUAGAGAUCUACAUGGAGCAAGUCAGGGAACGAUACAGGUCCGCUGAGCACCAGAAGUCGGAGUGGUUGAAGAUGUGGCAUAAGGGCGUGUGCGACAUGUUGGACGAAAAGUGGCAAGCGAUGCUCCUGCAACGCGCUGCCAGACGUAAGAAACAAAUCAAGGAGAAGAUGAUGAGCCAUUUCGAUGGGUCCUCUUUGGCAAAAAAUCUGGAUUCCACGUGUCACAAUAGAUCGGAAACGGCUGAGGAAAAACCGGUGAAAACUAGGUAUUCUUCUGAAACCCGUCAGCUUUUGGGAAUCAGACCGAAAAAAGGCUGGCAAACCAUUAGUAGUUCAACUAGUAGUUCAACUGCGGGUGAAACGUCGGCAGAUUUUGCAUUCCGUCGCCCAGCGUCGAGUAAGAAGGAAACAUCAAAAGCACCCAUUAUGACUUAUUCUUACAUUGAAGACAUUCCUGGACCUUCGUGUGAAAACGAAUCCGAACGUUCGCAAAUACUGAAGACUGAUGGCAAGAAAAAUUCGAAUGAGUCCUUCAAAAGAAAAAGGUCUCCCACCUACUCAUGCGACGCGAGGAAGUCGGCGCGUAACGAACCGUCCAGGUUAGCCAGUACAAAACAAAAGAGUGUCCCGGCAUCACAGGUGGCCUCAAGCAACGAUAAACUGUGUUUUGACGACGCGUCAAUGGAAAAGGCAUUGAAUGCAGAAAGUUUACCUCGAGAAACAAAAGCCAUUAAAUUUCUUCCGCCUAAAAACUACGAUGGAAAACUAUUGACGGGUGACAAAGCGACGACAAGGCUUUUGUCUCACGAUGCCGGUCCGUCAUAUGAUCUUUCUCCGUCGCAGUCGUCUGUCUUGCAGCGUGAGCAGAGAUCUCUUCUCCAACGACAGCUGCAGCAGCAAAAAAAGAUUCUGCUGCAGCAGUUGCAGAAAAGCGCAACAAGUAAACUUCCUGUGCCAUCAGCGCCGAAACCAGGACCUUGUGUCGCGCGCCCAGAAUUUGACGAAAUAACGGCUGCGGAUGUCGAAAAAUUGGCCAAGGAAACUGAAGGCUUCAACACUAUCAAGCUCAUCAAGCAUAUCAAAGACGCCUUGAAGCAUAAGAAGUUCCCCAACAUUGAUCAGGUUUACAAGGAGUUGUUUUUGAAAAUUUCUGAAAUGCACGUACGAGUUGCCAUGGAACGAUAGUAGAAUACUGCUAGACAUGCACCGUAAUAAAUUGAUAGUCAACUAGUCAUUUAAUCAUCUUUCAUUGUUCAACCUUAAAGUUUCGAGCACAAAUGCAAGAGACGACCGAGUGAGAGCUAACUGCGAGAGAAGACCAAUUGCCAGCUUACAUAAAACAAACUGGGGUCUGAAUGAACCUAACUUCGUUGGGCUCCUUCAAAAAUGAAAUUUAAAUAUUCGUGCGGAAAAACCGCCAGAAAUUUAUUUUACAGUUCAUGCAACAAUACAAGUAGUCUAAUGUGAGCAACUAGCCUGGUUGUCAAUGGAUUAAACUAAACAAUGGUUUUGAAGCUCUAAAUUCUUGGUAAUGUUGAUGAAAAUUGCCUUGCACGAUACAGUUAUUAGUUUACGUCAAGCAAUGUACACUUUUUCGUUCUUUUCGGGAGUAUAGUUACAAAUGUUAACAUUGAUAAAAAGGGCUUUUUUUGUACUACAAUACGUAACUCUUGUACUUUGAGAAAGGAUUACUGUAUUAUGUACAAUAAUUUGUAAGUGAUGUAAAUAAACCUGUUUGCGCUGGAAUUUCAAUCAAUGUCAUUUGCAUAUACCGUCAUACGUUUUCCUCGAUCGUUAAAUUAUGAUUAGAUACCGUUCUAAUAAAUUCCAUUAUACUUUGCAAAAUU